AUGGCACUUGUGAUGGAGCCUAUAAGUAAAUGGACGCCCAAGCAGGUACUGGAUUGGAUGAAAGGCUUGGAUGACUGCCUCCAGCAGUACAUCAAGAACUUUGAGCGGGAGAAGAUCAGCGGGGAGCAGCUCCUUCAUAUCACGCACCAGGAGCUGGAGGAGCUGGGCGUCACUCGCAUCGGGCACCAGGAGCUCAUUCUGGAGGCUGUGGACCUCCUCUGUGCGCUGAACUAUGGCCUGGAGACGGAGAACCUGCGCACGCUGUCCCACAAGCUCAACGCCUCGGCCAAGAACCUGCAGAACUUCAUCACGGGCCGUCGCCGUGGCGGACACUACGACGGGCGGGCCUCCCGCCGGCUGCCCAACGACUUCCUCACCUCCGUGGUGGAUCUCAUCGGGGCAGCGAAGAACCUGCUGGCCUGGCUGGACAGGUCCCCGUUCGUCAGUGUGACUGAGUACUCACUGCUGAAAAACAACAUCGUUCAACUGUGCCUGGAGUUAACCACUAUAGUGCAACAGGACUGCACAGUGUAUGAGACAGAAAACAAGAUUCUUCACGUGUGUAAGACCCUGUCUGGAAUAUGUGACCACAUCAUCUCUCUGUCUUCGGACUCCCUGGUUUCCCAGUCAGCCCACCUGGAGGUGGUGCACCUGACUAAUGUCAUGCCCAGUGAAGGCCUGGGGAUGUACAUCAAGUCCACGUAUGAUGGGCUUCAUGUCAUCACUGGGACCACUGAAAAUUCUCCAGCAGACCAGUGUAAAAAGAUCCAUGCUGGGGAUGAGGUGAUCCAGGUCAACCACCAGACAGUGGUGGGCUGGCAGCUGAAGAACCUGGUCAACGCUCUUCGGGAAGACCCAAAUGGAGUCAUCCUAACGUUGAAGAAGAGGCCACAGAACACUCUCACCUCUGCUCCUGCCUUACUCAAGAACGUACGCUGGAAACCCCUCGCCCUCCAGCCAAUUCUCACCAGCCCCACCAGUGACUCCAUCACUCCCACUGGCACCAUGGGUAUGUCUUCCACAAUGGAUGGGUCCAACAUGCAGGACGUUUUCAUUCUGUCCCCUGUCUCAGGACUCUAUGGACCCCGGGAUGAAAUGGCCGUCAUGUCCUGCGAUGACAUCAGCAAGUACAGCAUGGGCAAGUCGGGCAUGAAAGGCUCUGACUCCCCCAGCUACUACCUCGACCACGAGAGCGGCAGGUACUACACCUUCAUGGAGGGUGAGGGUGUUCACCUGGGGCCUGAGUACGACCGGGGCCGCUCUACAGGGGUCCGCAGGAGAGAAAAGACCCCGACUCACGGUGACCUCAGGCCAGUUUCCAUGCCAACGGAGUACAAUUGGAUGCCGGAAACCAAGGAGCCCAGUAUGUACAAGAGGGGGAGCAGAGACUCGGACAGCUCUCUCCUGCGUUACCUGAGCGACGACAAGAUCCUGGUGAUCCAGGAGGAGCCGGAUCGGGAAUGCAAGCGCGACACGGGCCGGCGUUCCCGUAAGAAGGGCAAGAGCCCCAGCAGCCCUAGCUUUCCCAUCAGCCCCAACUCCCUCCUGGCCUCCACCGUCAGGCUGGACACGGGUCCUCCCGAGGGGCUGCCCUUCCCGCUGCCCGAGAGCAACACUGUUCCACUCUACCACAGAGCUGGAGACACGCUGCGUGCAGACACGGACAGGUAUGCUGGUUCUGGUAUGGACAGACAAAGCAGCACAUCCAUGAGGAAGUCCUUUCAUUAUGCCUCCUUAAGAACAAAGACCAAAAAGAGAACCAAGGGCUUGACCAGUGGGAGCCGGCGGCGGAUCUCCUGUAAGGACCUGGGGCACGGGGACUGCGAGGGCUGGCUGUGGAAGAAGAAGGAUGCCAAGGGCUACUUCACCCAGAAGUGGAAGAAGUACUGGUUCAUCCUGAAGGACUCCUCCCUCUACUGGUACACCAAUCAGAAUGAUGAAAAAGCCGAAGGUUUCAUCAGUCUACCAGAGUUCAGGAUAGACAGAGCAAUUGAAUGCCGCCGGAAAUUUGCAUUCAAAGCUUGCCACCCAAAAAUCAAGAGCUUCUUCUUUGCCACUGAUUGUUUGGAGGAGAUGAACAGGUGGAUGAACCGGCUCGGCCUGGCAGCUAUUGGGUACACACCUGAUGACAAGGUGCCACGCCCUGAUGAAGAUUACUGGAGUGAAAGUGAUCAGGAUGACAUCGAUGGCUCAAUGACCCUUAAGCAAGAGGGCCCUUCUUCACUGUGUGACAUCUACCAUCGCACCCCCUCUGUGAACUCUUCCAGCCCCUUCCCGGAGGCCAAGCACGGGCGGCACUUCUCCAGCGAGUCCACCUACUCGCACUCCUCCGCCGAGGACUCGCGGGCCGAGGGCCCCGGCAGCGGCCACUCGUCAGGCUGCCGCUCCACGCACCGGGAGCGCCGCUCCUGGCAGGACCUGAUUGAGACGCCGCUCACCAGCUCGGGUCUGCACUUCCUCCAGACGGUCCCGGCCGAGGUGGACUUCGGCUACGGGGGCUACGGGGGCUACGGCGGCACGCUGGGCGGGCGUCUGGCCAUGUCCCCCGAGCGCAGGCGCCAGGCCACCCUGCCGGUGCAGAGGAGGCACAGGCCGGACCGCGACGGGCCCUUCCCUCUGGUGGAGAGCGAGGAGCUGCGCUUCCACCACCGCGCCCACAAGCAGCGCAGCCAGAGCCUGCCGCGCAACCGCGAGGUGCGGGGGGCCAGGGGCGGCUUCCACCCCGCCGGGCUGUCCGAGGAGCGCAGCGAGGACGACGAGGUGCCCUUCCGCAAACACGGAGGCGCUGCCAAGGACGACUCCGGGUGUGAGGAGGCGUUGGACGGUCUGCAGGAGCUCUACCGCACGCUGGAGCAGGCCAGCCUCUCCGCCCUGGGGGAGUCCCGUGCCUCCACCAAGCAGGAGUACCGGCGCACGUUCGUCAAGCGCUGCAGCGACCCCGUCCUAAACGACCAGCUGCACCACAUCCGCGUCCUGCGCAGCACGCUCAAGGCCAAAGAGGGAGAGCUAGCCCUCAUCAAUCAACUGCUGGAAGAGCCCAACCUGACCUCCAAGAAGUUCCGCGAGUGGAAGCAACACCACCACGAGCUCUACAUGGACAUCUUCGAGUUCAGCCCGGGAGACAACGGCACCGCGGACCUCUCCCCGCUGGCCACGCCCCUCAUGGCACACACCCACUCCUUCAUCGAGACGCACGUGUGACGCAGCAGAGCGAGGCCGAGGGGUGGGGGGGGUCCGUAACAACCCGCCCCCCCCACGUGCUUUC